AUAAACAUACUUAUCAAAGUUAUCUCUUGGGCCUUUAAGAAAAUGAGAGUCGAAUAAUAAAUGGGCAUCAAAACUCCAUUAGGCUCAAUGAUAAGCUUAUUCUAGUCUUGAGCUGUCCACGGUAUAUUAAUAGAGCAAUUUUUGAUCGAAGCUAUCAUACAGAACGUUCGAAAUAUUAAAAUUAAUUAUGUUAAUAUUUAUUUUUAUGUAAAAGGUGCAUCAACUUUUGAUGAUAUCUCAAUUAGUUGCCAUAAGGUACUUUAUUCUAUUUGGAUUUGAUUGACUUUAGUUUGAGUCUUUGACCGUUCAGGACUCGAGUUGAGUUUGAAUCGUCUUAAGAUAUAAUUGGCGUUGCUUUAGGAAGUAAAACAAUUGGUUCGUGCGAUGGGAAGAAGAGAUUAUGAUAAGCAGAUUAUUAAAGUAGUUUAUUCUACAGGGAUUUUUGUAGCGUUUCUUUGCUGCGUAGGAAUAAUCAAAAGCAUCGCCCCGUACAAUGACGGGCUACAGUCGCAGUUCCACCACUCGGAAGGAACGCACAGCGAGGCGUUUGCAUGGAACUCACGAAGUCUUUUACAAGCUAAAAGAUCAGAGUGCAGGGACGUUCACAAUUAUGACAUCAGUCAGUCAUGCGAGUUCGUCAGCAACGCUCCAGCCUGUAAGAUGGUGGAAGGUUUCAUAAACUACAUUGAUGUUAUCUAUUGCAAAUUUCCCAACAACCUUAUCCCAUUGGGAAUGGUUAUAUUGUUCAUCUGGUGGAUGUUUAUAUUCAUAGGACUUGCCAUAACUGCUGAUGACUUUUUUUGUCCCGAUCUCGCUGUUAUAUCAGAUACCCUUGGAUUGAGCCCCAAUGUAGCCGGUGUUACAUUUCUUGCAUUUGGAAAUGGCGCUGCUGAUAUUUUCUCGGCAUUCGCCGCCUUUCAGGCAACAUCAGGAGGAGAUGCUGGUUUAGCUGUCGGUGGAUUAUUUGGCGCUGGGGUGUUUGUCACCACAAUAGUUGCAGGAUCGAUCGCACUUGUAGCACCCUUCACAGCUAUGCAGCGUCCUUUGUUGAGAGAUAUUAUCUUCUACCUUGCUGCCCUCUAUUGGACGUUUUACAUUUUCUAUAGAGGAGAGAUUUUCCUUUGGGAAGCAAUAGGGUUCAUGGUGAUGUAUGUACUUUACGUCAUAGUUGUUGUUUUGUCACAGAAGACAUAUGAUGAACAGCAGGAUAGUAGAAGACGCUCUAUGAUGUCUGGUGUUGAGAUGAAAGGGCAUCGGCCAUCAAUUCAACUGGAAAAGAUAGACGAUGCAGCAGUUGUGAACGUACCAGAGGUCGAAUCAAAGUCGACAAUUUCAAAAGUUGAGGGAGAAGUUGUUAAUGCAUAUGGUGUUGGAUCACUGAGGCUUGUUCUUACACCCCUAGAUUUAGAUCCAUCCAGCAUUGAUGGAAAUACGAACCCAGCAUUUAAGCCUGAUGAUGCUAAGAUUGAAUCCAAGGAAGAAAAGGCUGAAUAUAUGCAGAUAGAUGUCAAUGCUAAUUCAGAAAAAACUGAUGUACAAUAUGAGACAUCAAACUUGGAAAAGGGAAUCUUUACAGUUGGAGACAAAACAGAAAAUGGCAAACUACAGAAAGAAACGGAUGAUGGUACUAGUGAAAAAGAUGAAAAAAUAGUCGAAGCAGUGAGUAAAGAUCCCAAUGAAGAUUUGAAAAAUAACGAAUCAGUUCGAAAAAUCGUAAGACAAACAAGCCAAGUUUCUUUCAACCUGGAUGCUAUGAAUACUGAAGGUAUGCAGGAAGGUACUUACAAAAGGAGAUACAGUUUAGCUACUGAAAUUUCUGUUAUUGAGGAUCUGGAAAAGAGACGAAUUAAAGAAGAAGAGGCCAAACUUGUUGUAGAAAACCCAAUUAAAGAGUUCUUGUAUGCUUUAUCACCCAUAAGAAUAGACGCAUGGUCUGAAAUGAGAUGGUUUAUUAAAGCAUAUGAAGUGUUUAAGUCACCUAUCCAACUUUUAUUGAAUGCAACUAUUCCUUGUGUGAGUUACGCUGAGAAAAACAACAACUGGAAUAGACAUGUGAGCUGUCUCAAUUGUGUAUUGGCACCUUCUCUUCCUAUAUUAGGAUUUAAAUUGUAUGGUACAAUGCUUGGUGGUGUGUUCCCACUUCUUGUUCUUACCCUUCUCAUUGGGAUCGCUCUUGCUGCUCUCGUCUUUUUCACAUCAAGAAAUGAAAAACCACCAAAAUACCACUGGGCAUUUGCUUUCCUUGGAUUUGUUGUUGCCAUUGUUUGGAUCUAUGUGAUGGCCAAUGAGAUUGUAAAUGUAUUAAAGAUGUUUGGCGUAGUAUUGAACAUAAGUGACGCCAUCUUGGGUCUAACACUGCUGGCAUGGGGUAACAGUGUAGCAGACUUCAUUGCUGACAUGUCCAUGGCCAGAAUGGGCCGGCAACGUACAGGGUUUACCGCCUGUUUUGGUGGAACACUUUUUAACUUAUUGCUUGGAGUUGGAGUACCGUUUACAUUGAGAGUCGCUCGAGAGGGCCGAGUGUUCCUAACUUAUAGUAUGCAACAGAUUAUCCUCACCGCAGCUAUGGCAGGCAGUCUUCUCAUCACUUUCGUCUCCAUGCCUCUUAUCUUCAACUUUAAGGUGGGCAGAGCGUAUGGAAUUGUUAUGGUAGUCUUUUACGUCGCCUUCCUAAUUAUUGCUAUUCUCGCUGAGGCCGGGGUCAUCAAAGGAGAGCUUAGGAGAAUAUGAGGGCCACACCCGUAGAUCAUAAUGGACGUUACAUUUCAGGGUCUUUCUUUAUUAGGACAUUGCCAGCUUGAUGUUAAAGGCUUCCUUGAUGUAAAGAUGGAGUUGGUUCUGAUUUUACCAUUUGUAAAAAUGAGCGGAGUUUCAAGAACACAUUUCGCAUAUGGUAUUGUACAUAUAACGUUGAGUGAGAUAUUCAAGUAAUAUAUAUGUUUUAGGGUUCAAAAUAAAAUAUGAAUUGAUGUAUUGUAUAUUGAACAUGGUGUAUGUGUAGUGAAUAAAAAUGUAAAAACAACAUAACAGAGUUGUUGAAAAUGUCAAAUAAGUGAUGGAAAUAAAUGGCUUAUACAAAAA